CAUUAUCGAAGAAAUGACGUCGUUUAGCGAAAAGGACACCGUAACUGAAUAAGCAAAAGAAAAGAAGAGUUGUAAAUCCGAUCUACGCCAAACACCCAACGACGACGUUUAAUGCUCCGAGCCUCUUCUCGGGUCUCCGACUCUCCGGACAUACCUUCUCUUCGUUCUUCUGAAUUAAACCAGCGAUGAUAAGUCAAAGACGAGAGACUUUGUAAUCUCAAAGAACCAAAGCUUCAUCAAUUGAUUCUUCUUCUCCUUCAAUUUGAUGAGACAAACUUAUCCCGACACUUCCUCCCCUAACCAUGACUUCUCCUCGCCUUCCGUGAACGAUGCCAACGGAGACGGCGGCGACGCGAUCUUCGCCUCCGGCGGACCUGUUGUUCCAUACCCAAACGAGAUGCGGGAGGAGGGUUUCCAACGCCGCCGCAGCUGCACAAUUAUGCCCUCUGGUUGCAGUAUCAGGGCUCUCUGGAUAGUCAACAAUCUGGACGCUGUUGUUUUCUCCAGGAGAUUUUCCGUCGUUGAGAAACAGUGGUGCUCUGCUUUCAAGACGGAGAACGGAAACGGUGGCUUGGAUCUUCCUCGACUUCCGACUGAUCAACAGCUCGCCAAUGCUUUUGCUCUAAGAAAGAGAAGGGAAGGCUCUACUCGUGGAUAUGGCAUACGUGUAGCUCAAUCGAUCAAAGGAUCGGAUUCCUGGAUUGAUGAUCCCAUCACUCGUCAUGUUAUCAGCCUUUGUUUAACCGAAGAAGGUGAUGAUGAAUCUAACAAAAAUGAGAGGGAUAUUCUUUGGCCCAUUGUCCUGCACACCAAAGCCCUCUAUUCCAUCCUUGUCUUGCCUUUGGUUGAACCAAGGGAGAUGAAGGAAUUCGUCAAGUUAUGUAUGAGACCUGAUUGCGGACCAGCUGUGGGUGAAGAUCUGAGUUUGUCAUCCCUCUUGCUUAACAUUUCAUCCAUCACUGGGGCUUUCAUGGUGGCUCAUGCGUUUGGUGACAUCAUUUCUGGUGAUAUAUCAGAACCUGAGGUUGUUGUGAGUGCGUCACCAUCAGUUGGGGGAUUGUUUGAUUCACUAACUGGAAGCAUUGGUAUCUCAUCAAGGCCAAAACCCGUAGCUGCACCCGUUGCAUCUUCUUCCCUCUCUGGAGCACCAACAACUGGAGCUGCGGCAUCAGAUGCUACCAAAGCAGCUCCAUUGGAUAGAGAUAUACUUAGAAAUUUUAUUGCUAGUGCUAUGCCGUUUGGUACCCCAUUAGACCUCAGCCUUUCUAAUAUAUUUGCUAUUAAGGCGAAUGGAUUUUCCUCUGCCGAGCCUCCUCCUCAAGAACUUAAGCAACCAGCAUGGAAGCCAUACCUGUAUAAAGGAAAGCAAAGGCUAUUGUUCACAAUCCAUGAGACGGUUAACGCUGCAUUGUACGACCGUGAUGAAAUUCCUGAUAGUGUAUCUGUCGCGGGACAGAUAAACUGUCGGGCAGAGCUAGAAGGACUGCCUGACGUGUCGUUUCCUCUAGCAGGGUUGAGUACAGCCCACAUUGAGGCUAUAUCUUUUCAUCCAUGCGCCCAAGUUCCAGCACAUGGGAUUGACAAGCAGAACAUCGUUUUCCAGCCUCCCUUGGGAAACUUUGUUCUCAUGAGAUACCAGGCGGGUUGUGGGCUUGGACCACCAGUGAAAGGGUUCUAUCAGCUGUCAAUGGUCUCAGAAGACGAAGGCGCAUUCCUCUUCAAGGUGCGCCUCAUGGAAGGUUACAAGUCUCCUCUGUCAAUGGAAUUUUGCACUAUUACUAUGCCCUUUCCACGGAGACGGAUUGUGGCAUUUGAUGGGACUCCAUCAGCUGGGACUAUUUUGACCACGGAACACUCUGUUGAGUGGAGGGUUUUGGGCACUGGACGUAAUCUUUCUGGAAAAAGCCUUGAGGCAACUUUCCCUGGGACAAUUAAGUUUAGUCCAUUACAGAACAAGAGAAGAGGAGACGGAGAUGAUGAAGAGAGCGAGAGUGAGAGCGGUGAGGGUACAGAGAAUGUGAUGAACGUGGAGGAGUUAUUGGUGCAGAAAAUGAACAAGGAUCUCCCAGCAGUUGAGGUGGAGGAACCCUUCUGCUGGCAAGCCUAUGACUAUGCUAAGGUCUCGUUCAAGAUUGUAGGGGCUUCUGUAUCUCGAAUGUUAAUUGAUACGAAAUCGGUCAAUAUCUACCCAACCACAAAGUCGCCGGUCGAGUUUUCUGCUCAGGUGACUUCUGGGGAAUAUAUAUUGUGGAACACACUGGGGAAGGCUCCAUCAGCCGCUGCUGUGUAAUUAAUUCCCAUAUUUUUUUGGAUUUCUCGAGUUUGUAAUCACUAAAAGUAUGAAAGCAUUGAUGGUCCUUUCUUUUCUUUUUUUUGCCGCGUAGUGAAUCUGUAUAUUGUUGUUGUUCUUCACAAAAAAAAAAAAAAAGAUGGUGUUUUUCUA